AAAUGUUUGGCUACUUUAUUUAAUCGACCGGGAAUUACAUCUCUAGCUGCGCGAAAUCGUGGGUAGGAAUCCAGAAUUGAAUUUGUCAAACAAUUUCCGUUACUAUGGAGAUAGACGGCAAACGACAGGCAGACGACAACAAACAUCUUGUCUAAUCCAAGAUGGAGGUAUUGCCUAAAGUGGAGUCUGACAAAGAGGUUGCCAUUGAUGAUGCUGAAGAGUAUCGACAGGACGAGGUUAACGAGGAUCUGCUUAAACUAGAGGAGACCCUCUGCAACAUACAAAUAACCACAACACCGUGUUCCCUGCCAGAACGGGCACAGGAGGUUGACCUGUCCCAAUACCCAACCUCUUAUAAAGAAAACUCACCACAGGAAAAGCUGCUGCUUGCCAUCGCCGACAACUUCUGCUGCCAGUAUGUGCACCUUUACCCUGACCGAAAACCCCUUCUGCUGAGCCCACUCAAUGAGUGUGGAGUCCAGAAAUUUGUCAGUACAACCUUGAGGCCCACCUUGCUCUCAUACCCGGAGCUGUACAGCUGGGAGGGAUGUGCAAGCUUUGUGUCAGAGUUCUUGUCUUUAGAGCCACUGGAUCCUCCCAUUGACCCGCCAAGACACCUCUACUCUCCAACCUGGUUGAUGCAGACUCAGCGAGGCUCCUGCUUUGAUUUCUCUACUCUGCUGUGUAGCCUGUUGUUGGGUGCAGGCUACAAUGCUUACUGUGUUAGUGGAUACGCUGUGAAGGAAAUGUGUCUCCUCAACCAGUCCCUCCAGGAAUGCCCCCUACUGGUUACACAUGUUAAGGGAAAGGCUACUGAGCAGAAGCGGCAGGUGAAGAAGUACUCAGUGAAACCACCACGGGACCUUCGCAGUGGCUUUGAGCAGCGUCAGGAGGAACGCAGACAGGCUGAUGCACAGGCUAUCCUCCUGAAGAAACAGCAGGAGGCAGAGAGACUUCAAGAGGAGCGAGAGCGCCUACCCCCAGAUCCCCUGUUGGGCCUGCGGGUCCACUGCUGGGUUCUCAUUCUGUCUGGAAACCGGGAGGUUCCAGAGAACUUCUUCAUUAACCCACUCACAGGGAAGAGUUUAUCCACCACCAACAAAUGCUUCCUGGGCAUAGAGAGCAUCUGGAACCAUCAGAACUACUGGGUCAACAUGCAGGACUGCCGGUUCGGCUGUGCGGAGAUGAAUUUCGACCUGGGGGAUGCGGUGAAGUGGGAGUAUCUGCUCUAUGGCACAACUGGCCAAUCUCUGCUUCUCAUCCCUGACAUGAAAAAACAGCAGGAGGCAGAGGAUGAUGAAGAGGAAGAAGUGGAUGAGCCCAAGGUGUUUGAAAUGCCUCCAUCCUGGGUGAAUCAAAUCAACAUCUCACAACAAGACAUGGAGACACGCUGCCCUGGGGGCAUGAAAGUUAUCCAGUAUCGGAAGGCCAAGCUGGAAAAGUUUGCACCCUACCUCCUCCCGGAUGGUCUUGUGACACGCUUGACCUCAUACUCAGACCUCGACUGUACCCAGCCCAGCACUGUGAAGGAGUGGUACCAACACAGGCAUGACCACCUAGAGGAACGGGAACUGAAGAAGACUAGCAAUGUCACUAUUGAGCAUUUCAGACCUGGACGGAGCUACGCUUUAAAAUCCCACAGGUAUAUUACUAUGACUCCGGAGACGGAGCGUCAGAUGGACUUCUACAGCCAUGCCCGAGCAGACGGGCUGGCCAGACGGGUCGAGAUGCCCUUUGAGAUGACAGAGAGCUUUGAGGAUCGACCAGACUUUAUGUACCAUCGUCAUGUCGUUUUUGGCAAACGUAUCAAAGUGUUCGGCCCCAGUAAUACUGAGGCACCUGACCAGGGGCAACGCCCUUUACAGAAGGUGGUGGAACGAUUCAAUCGAGACCGGUCCAAGCCACCCGGGGAGGACGUAGCAGAGCGUAUCUUUCUAGUGUCUGAGGACAGGAUCCAAGUGACAUACCACCGGGAGGACGACCGGAUUAUUCCUGCUUGGAGAAACUUCAUAAAGCCCAGAGAUUCAGGCGAUUCCCAGAACCCACACUCAUUCACCCCUCAAAUGGCCUCCACUUUCCAGGUAGAUCCAUUUGAGAAGCCCAGUAAGAAUCUCUUUCUGUAUGAAAUGCUAGUCCAUAUGAUGAAGGAGGAGGAGCGCGUUGCUCUCAGAGUCAAGGAGUCUGAAAAAGAGGUGAGGGCGAUACUGGGUGUUAGGGAACAAGAAGAGAGCAGUAUUGAGCUCCACAUCUCCAUCUACAACACAGCGAGAAAUGAGAGAGCACGCUGCCACCGAGAGGCAUUGGAGCGGACGGCCAAAGAGGAGCGUCUCCGACAGGAGGAGAAGGAGCUGGACUUCUUAGCACCUCUUCUGGCCCAGCUGGGUGACCCAGAGAACCUGACCAGACAGGCUGCUCUACAGCUGAGGAAUGACUGCCUGACUGACCUGAAGCAGCGGCUCAUUGAUAAGGCCAACCUCAUACAGGCUCGUUUUGAGAGGGAGACCCAGGAGCUUCAGCAGAAACAGCAGUGGUACCAGAAGAACCAGCUCACUAUGACCAAGGAGGAUGAAGAUGAAUACCUUGCCUACUGCUCUGAUGCCAUGUUCAGGAUCCAUAUUCUCAAACUGCGUCUGAGCAGGCAUAAGGACAAAGCCCCCCAGAAAUACCUGGCUCUGGAUGAAAGACUGAGACGAGACCCCAGACUGGCCAAUCACUUGUGGUGAUAAACAUGGCGGCACUAGUUGGAUCACACUGUGUGCUUUUGGCAGAACACCCCCUAUUGGAGUGAGGAGGUGGUGCCUGCUACCAGCUAUCUUGUAUCAACAACAGAGAGGAAGAAGAAGAGCGAGGCCCGACAGGUGGCAUCUUUUUGUUGUUUCGCCCACAAAGCAAGGACUUUUUUGAAUGGAGGUCAAUGAGUGUCAAAUUUCAGUCUACAACAAAAAUGUAUGGCUUAUUUGCUAUGUGAGAUUUAUUUGAUCGAAUAGAAGUUUCGUAAUGUUUAAGUUGUUACGGGUGUAUUGAUAUAAGUAGGACAUGUGACAUCCCGGUAACUUUGAGAAAAGAACACUAUAUUUUUUAGAUGGCUAUGCAUAUUCAUGACAUGAUGCUAGUAGCAUAGCAUCUCUUUCCAUUGAAUAAAGGUGGUUGAUGUCAACAACCCUUAUUGAAUAUUCAAAACAUAAUUUGAAUAAUGAAAUGUAUCCACCAAUCC